AUGGUGCAAGCUUUGUGGGCGGAUUAUCUCGAAGAACCACAACUUACUUUCAGAAUCAACGAAAACCUAUUCACAGUUCCAUCGUAUCUUAACUGGGUAUCUAAUAAACCACGCCCACUAGAACCAGAACCUAUAACCUCUGGUGAGAGCUCGAUAAGCUCCCAUAGAGGUGCUGCUAAGAGAUCGUCGUUAAGUCGGGUGUUUGGGAACGGGACCAUGGAUUUGGCCACACAACAACUUCUUUUCAAAGAGGUCGAUCCCAUGGGACGACCUCCACCCGUUGCUUCCAAAGCAAAUACUACAACGGAUGGUGGCUUGGCUGCAGUGACUAGUGUGGCUGGCCAGGGACACAAAAUUUCGACGAUGUUCGUGUCGAACCGAACAGCAGCGCGUCACCUAAUGUCACGCAGUUGUCACGCGACGACCGGCGGUGCGGAAGCGGGAGGGGCGGCAGAAGAUGAUGAGAUAGACGGACCGGAGAUCGCACGCCUCAUGCGGCGUUUCUGGCCCCGGGAUCUCAACUUCUUCGGUGGCUCCGCCGCCUCCAGUGGCUCACGAUCCGUCCGCGAUUCGCGUUCUUCUUCCACCUCCGCUCAUCGGCCCACGGUGCUGAAUCUGCGGGGCACCGGAGAUGAACCAGCAGCAUAUACGGAUCUCGAAGAUAUCGAUAGCACAGGGGCGAAUUUUGAAAUGUCUGAUACCAGCGUUCCAGAAGAAACUUGGUCACCAGAGCUAACAAAUGAAAACAGGUCUGCACCGGACAGCUUUGCCGGGGACUUUGAAUCUCCCGUGGAUCUGGAUUGGGAUCACGAACCGGGCGCCUAUACUACUCCUCAGAGGCAGUCAUUUCGAAGACGGGGUGUAGGCAUCGUAAAGUCAUGGUACACCUCGCCCUUCGAAUCGUCCUUUGAAAUGGUGACAGGAACAGGUGAGUCGUCUCAACGUCGCAACUGUCGCACCCUCCCGUCCUCUGCCACUGUCACUAUAAAGGACGCAGUGCCAAUGAUGGCCCAGUCUGCCUGCUUCUCGGGCCAGAUGGUCGACUCCGGUUUCGCUGACCCCUAG